GACCCAUCGGGCAAGUGCGAUUAUGCUUCUUUGCCAUUGUACAGUCCAGACAAGGUAGGGCAGUGUGUAAGGUAGUGCAGUUCCUCGCAGGGUCGGAACAUUAGUCUCAAGCAGGUCAUAUUUCAAUCGGCUCGCCCUCGUUCUCUCAUCCUGGAAUGUCAUGGCGCCCACAACGAAACCCCCGGGCAACCUGAGGCCCUACCACAUCCUGACUACAGCCCUCGGAUCGGUGACCUGAGUGCCGUCAACAGCAUUCCCUACCCUAGAUCGCCCGAGUUCCAGUGCACACAGACUCUUGCACAAUGCCAUCGGCUAUCCGCUCGGGGUCACCCCGCCACACCGGCAUCACCAAGCUGACCAACUGCCGCCUCGUCCGCGGCGAUGAGCUAGUGUGGGACGACAUCUGGGUCAGCUCGGCCACGGGCAAGAUCAUCCGCAGCCAGUCAGCCUUCUACGAUGAGCUCAUCAUGCCUGACGAGGUCGUUGACCUCGGCGGCCGUAUCGUGUCGCCCGGGUUCAUCGAGUGCCAGCUGAACGGAGCUUACGGCUUCAAUUUCUCCACCAUGACCGAUGACAUGUCCCAGUACGGCAAGCAGCUGCGGGACCUCAACAAGAAGUUGGCCCGGACGGGAGUCACCUCCUACGUGCCGACCGUGACGAGCCAGACGAGUGAACUCUACAAGAAGGUCCUCCCAUACCUCGGACCGUCAGGCUCCUCUCGCCGAGCCCACGAUGGCGCCGAAUCCCUGGGUGCCCAUGUCGAAGGGCCCUUUCUGAACCCAACCAAGAACGGGGUGCACAACACCUCCGUCCUACGCGUCGCUAACUCGCUUUCCGACCUGGAGGAUAUGUACGGCGCCGCCAACAUCACCCCGUCCGCCUCCUCCUCCUCCUCCUCCGCCUCCUCGCAAGACUCGGACUCCUCCUCAACCUCGGGGCCAGAGGAGGAGGGGAAAGUGGAGGAGAAGAAGCACGGGCGUGAGGGCACCAUCCCCAUCAAGAUGAUCACCGCCGCCCCCGAGCUCGGGGCCAUGACGAGCCUCAUCCCGGCCCUCGCCUCGCGCGGCAUCGUCGUCUCGAUCGGCCACUCGGAAGCCACGUACGAGCAGGCCUCGGCCGCCGUGGCCGCCGGCGCGACCAUGAUCACCCACCUGUUCAACGCGAUGCGGCCGCUCCACCACCGCAACCCGGGCAUCUUUGGCGUGCUCGGCGCCCCCGAGCCGCAACGACAACAACAAGAACAACAAAAACAACCAACAACCCCGCCACCAUCACCGCAGUGGCAGCAGCAGCAGCAGCAGCAGCAGGAGCAGGAGCAGGAGCAGCAGAAGAAGCAGCAGCAGCCGCCAAAGAGGCCCUACUUCGGCCUCAUCGCCGACGGCAUCCACCUGCACCCGGCCACGGUCAAGAUCGCGUGGCACGCCCACCCGGCCGGCCUGGUCCUGGUCACAGACGCGAUGCACAUGGUCGGCCUGCCGGACGGGCGGUACCCGUGGACCAACGGCGAGGGGGAGCACUUCAUCGUCAAGAAGGGCAGCGUGCUGGAGCUCGAGGGCACGGGGGGCGUGAUUGCGGGGAGUUCCAUCACCCUCGUCGAGUGCGUCUCCAACUUCCUCAACUAUACGGGCGCCACGGUCCCCGAGGCUCUGAGGGCCGUGACGGCUACUCCCGCCGCCAUGUUGGGUCUGGAGGUGGUCAAAGGAUGUCUCGAGGCCGGCGCGGAUGCCGACCUUGUGGUCUUGUCGGAGAACAACGACGAAGGCGGGAGGAGAGAACUGGUAGUUGACGAGGUGUGGAAGUUUGGUGUUAGGAUUUUUGAGCGCGGCCGUGACUGCUAAACGGUUUGGUGCAAAGGGGUCCGGGACCAUUUCGUGGCCUUGAAAGGCCGGCCAAAGUUAGCCCAUGUGGGUUCAGAUCGUUCAUUGCCAGGUUGGGUUUAUCUCUCAAAGUGGAAGCAUAGUAGGCUGGCUGUCAAACAUCUCUUGUGAACGCAUUUAUUAGGUUUACACUGCAAGAUGCACUGAGGCAUAGAUACCAUGCACUGAAUUCUUCCGGCUGCAAAGAAAGGGUUACGGCGUUAGUUCACAUGGACCAUCAAAU